AUGCGGAGCGCGCCGAGCCAGUGCGCGGUAAUCCGCGUCCUGGUCCUAGCCGGUCUCUGGCUGGCAGCAGCCGGGCGCCCCCUAGCCUUCUCGGACGCGGGGCCUCACGUGCACUACGGCUGGGGUGAGCCCAUCCGCCUGCGGCACCUGUACACCGCCGGCCCCCACGGCCUCUCCAGCUGCUUCCUGCGCAUCCGAGGCGACGGCGGGGUUGACUGCGCGCGGAGCCAGAGCGCGCACAGUUUGGUGGAGAUCAGGGCAGUCGCUCUGCGGACCGUGGCCAUCAAGGGCGUGCACAGCGCCCGGUACCUCUGCAUGGGCGCCGACGGCAGGAUGCAAGGGCUGCUUCAGUACUCGGCUGGAGACUGCGCCUUCGAGGAGGAGAUGAGCCCCGACGGCUACAACGUGUACCGGUCCAAGAAGCACCGUCUCCCCGUGUCUUUGAGCAGUGCCAAACAGAGGCAGCUGUACAAGGGCAGGGGCUUUCUGCCCCUGUCCCAUUUCCUGCCCAUGCUGCCCGGCGGCCUGGCAGAGCCCAGGGACCUCCAGGACCACGAGGAGUCGGACAUGUUUUCUUCACCCCUAGAAACAGACAGCAUGGACCCUUUUGGGAUCGCCACCAAGAUGGGACUGGUGAAGAGUCCCAGCUUCCAAAAAUGA